GACAUGGAGAUCUGUGCACGUGCAAGGGUCCGGAAGUUAAAUUAAAUAGAGAGCAACAAACACAGUUGCGAAAUUGCACGGUUGACUGAAAACGUUUCAUUUUUAAAUCAAGAGCAUUUACAAUGGCAUGGCAUUAAUAAUGGCUAAAACUUAAACUAACAAACUUGCUCAGGGUCGAAGAAAACUGUUGCUUAGCAACCAGUCGUCAAACAAUCACUUGCGUGGUCCACAGAACAAGAAAAAGAACUGAAUGCUUUAAGCUACCGUAAAAAUAACAAAUUCAGGGAGUUUUAUGUUUUGCUUUGCCAUUAGUUUUAUAUUUUUAUAUCGUUUCCUGUAAAUACAGCUUCAUCCCAAAUGGCAGGGAAGAAGAAAGAGGCAAGCCUGCAGGCAUCAGUUAUGAACCAAGAACAAUGGGAGGAAAUACUUACUACCAAAGGUUUGACAGUUGUGGAUGUUUACCAGCAGUGGUGUGGCCCCUGUCGAGCAGUGGUUAGUCUCCUCCGAAAGAUAAAGAACGAACUCAGUGAUGACCUACUGCAUUUUGCCACUGCUGAAGCCGACAGUAUUGAUGCCCUGGAGAAGUAUCGAGGAAAAUGCGAACCCACCUUCCUUUUCUUUGGAGGUGGGGAGUUGGUGGCUGUGCUGCGAGGGGCCAAUGCUCCGAUGCUCCAGAGGAUGAUUGUGGAGGAGCUGGCCAAGGAAAAGCUGGUCAUGGAGAAAAGCAGUGGUCGCAAAGUGGUGAAGGAUUUUGGUCUGUUGGAUGAAGAGAAGAGAGAGGAGGAAGAGCUUCAGCAGCCACAAAAUGAAGAAAGUAUAAUUGGUAUUGUGAAAGCAAUGUUUUGUACAGUUCAUCUCUGUAGCUUCCAGUCCCCUGGUGACAUUUUUAACUUUGUACAGUUUUGCAUUUUAACAGCAAUAAUGAUCGCCAUUCAAACUCUUCUCUGUUUCCGUGUAGUUCCUGCCAGUAAAUCCUACACAGUUGCCAUCAUUAAGCCUGACGCAGUUGCUCAUGGGAAGGCAAAUGAGAUCAUUAUGAAGAUUCAAGAUGCUGGGUUUGAGAUUCUUGCACACGAGGAGCGCACUCUGACUGAAGCGGAGGCUCGAGAUUUUUACCAACAUAAAGCAGCGGAGGCUUGCUUUGAGGACUUGGUGCAGUUCAUGUCCAGCGGUCCCUCCUAUAUUCUAGUGCUUUCUCAGAUAGAGGGCACAGCCAAUAUCAUAUCAGCAUGGCGUGAGUUCAUUGGCCCAGCAGAUAUAGAGGAAGCCAGGAGAGAAAAGCCCGAAAGCAUACCUGGAAAGGAUCCCAGUUCUGGGUCUGGAGUAGGGAGCGAACAGCUCAUUCUCGCCUGCUUGAUCAGACACACCCAAACAUUAUGCUUCUCUUUGGUUGAGCACCAGCCGAGCAUCCAUCUGGUCCUCUCUUCCUCCUUCCCCACCCGACUUCCUGCAGCUUGCGGGCACAAUACGGCACAGAGACGCUGUUCAACGCAGUGCAUGGCAGUGCGGACAGCGACCAGGCCAGCAGGGAGCUCGCCUUCUUCUUCCCCAACUUUAGGACGGCCUCCGACGCAGAGCAGGAUGGGGAGGAAGAGCGUGUGGAGAGGACGCUGGCUCUCAUCCGACCCGACGUUGCCAGGGAGAACAGAGAUGAGAUUUUGGCCCAGAUUCACAAGUCAGGUUUCACAGUCGCCCUUCAAAAAGAGUGGGCCUGUACUGGCAUUAGCUCUGGUCAGGAAAGGAGCUGUCCCUCACUGGAAGAACAUCCUCGGUCCUCCUGACCUUCACAAAGCCAAAGAAGAGGAUCCUGAGUGUCUGAGGGCCAAAUUUGCUGUAGAAAAUGAGCCCAUCAACCAGCUUCAUGGCAGCGCAAAUCCCGAAGAGGCAGAAAGAGAGCUGAACUUUUUCUUUCCUCAACAACGAACGCUGGCAGUCAUCAAACCCGAUGCUCUGGAGGAACACCGAGAUACAAUUUUGGAAGAGAUUCAGGGGAGAGGCUUCACCGUGGCGCAGCUGAAGGAGACUUUGCUGUCAAGAGAGAUGGCUGAGGAGUUUUACAAGGAGCAAAGGGAGAAGCCAUUCUUCACGCAGCUGGUGGAUUUUAUGUGUCGUGGGCCCUGCAUGAUGCUCGUCUUGACCAAGGAGAAUGCAGUGGAGGAGUGGCGGGCCAUGAUGGGCCCCAGCGAUCCAGAGAAAGCUAAAGAAAUCUCCCCACAGUCUCUGAGGGCCCGCUUUGCUGCCGACAUCCUCCACAACUCAGUUCAUGGUUCCUCCAACGAGGAGCACGCAGAGGAAAAGAUCCGAUUUGUCUUUGGUGACAUCAGCGCAGACGCAGCUCCAACUGCUGACAGCGAAACCAGCAGAACCACCUCAGCUGAAUGGCCAGGCGGUUCUGGAGAUGAAAACAAAGGAAUAUCAAGAUCUACAACUGAAGAGACCUAAUAUCUGGGGUCAGCAUGAGGUUUCUGUAAUUAGGGGAUUAAAUGAUUAUGUCUAAAAAGUGGCUUAGCAUGUAUAGUGGUGUAAAAUGUUGGAAUAAAAUGGGAAUCUAAAAAAAAUGGAUAUGAA